UCCGUGUGGGAGGAGUCUGAGCUGCGGAAGUGCCUCUCCUCCUGUCACUUAAAAGAGGCGUGUCUAUGGUUUCUACACAGAACAAAUGUGACUUUAUAAGUGAAAGUAUCUUCUGCGUCCAACACAGUUUGAACCUGAACAGACAAGCUGUUGCUGUGUCGUGGAACUCGCUUAUUACAAAUAAUGUCCGACUCCAUCAAAAACCUCGCGAUAUUUGGAGCCACGGGAAUGACCGGGCUGGCCACCCUCCCGCUAGCGGUGGCAGCAGGAUACAAUGUGACAGUGCUGGUGCGGGACCCUACCAAGCUGCCUGCAGACCACAAGGUAUCCAGAGUGGUGGUGGGAGACGUACUUAAGAAUGAGGAUGUGAUGAAGACCUUGGAAGGCCAGGACGCUGUUAUCAUCAUCCUUGGCACCAGGAACAGCCUCAGCCCCACCACCAUGAUGUCUGAAGGCACCAAGAACAUUGUUGAAGCCAUGAAGGCCCGUGGGAUCUGCAAGGUGGUCGGCUGCAUGUCAGCCUUCCUGCUGUGGGAUCGCGCCAAAGUCCCGCCCCGUAUGAUUGAUGUGACAGAAGACCAUGACAGGAUGUAUGAAGUGCUGAAAACAUCUGGGCUGGACUAUGUGGCUGUCAUGCCUCCUCACAUCGCUGACGACCUUCCUCUGACGGAGAGUUACCUGGCGGCAGAGAGCAUGCUAAAAGGAAGAGCCAUCUCUAAACACGACCUUGGACACUUCUUCGUCAAGUGUCUGUCCACCUCCGAGUGGGACAGAAAGGCGGUCGGGGUGUGGGGAGAGUAUAAAUAAUCAACACACUGCUGAUGCCCUCGGGUAGCGGAGGGGUUUUAAAUCCAUUCCUGGUGGCCAUUCUUAGUUUCAACAAAAACACCCUGAAGAGAAAAUACUUGUUUAUGCUAAGACUUGGAGAUAAAUGAAGAAGUCUGUGUAGAUUUAAACUUCUUGUGUUGUUAUAUACCCCAAAUGCUUUCCUGUGCUCACCUUUAGGAUCACGACUGAGCAACCUUUUCUUUGCUUGUCAUAUUUUUUGUACUAAUUUCCAUUCUAUCAUCAGCCGCACUGAGGAUACAUUUUAAAACAAGUGCCAAUGGAUUGGUGCUGUAGCCGUUUGCAUCGCUUACAUCUUUAAACAUCU